AUGAUACGGCCGGCAGAGACUUUUAAUGGAGCCUAUGUCGAUGGUGUACUGGUUGCGAAGAAGUUUAUUUGGCACGUGGAUGUCUUAUUUCAGUCUGCAGACAGACUAGACUCUACCAUGGUAAAGCUCGAUAUGAAAGGUCUAUCCUAUGGACGGGAAGCCAAGCUGCUCUGUAAGAAGAUCGUAGCUUUUUUCUCCCUUCUGUCCAAGACGCAGGACAAAUCUUCCCGUAAGAUUGGAGUUACACAGGAUCUGCUGUCUCUAGUAACUGGUCUUGCACACUACUUGAAACUUCUCAUCCGCAUUUGCCUUCAAGGUGCUCUCCGUAUCGAAAAGGAGCGAAACACCUCUGACGGGCUCUACCAAUUUCUUGAUGACCUGAAUGAUCUCGACCCUCUUCGAAACGAGGAAGGCACUGCUCAAAUCACCAGUGGCAUGGCACGUCUCUCAGCUAACGACUCGGACCAAUGUACAUUGUGCCACAAGCCUAUCGAGGAUGAGUGCGCGAGGAACGGCGAGAGGAGGUGGCAUCUAGGCUGCAUGGCAUGUGCAAGAUGCGGCAAGGAGCUCGGGAGAGACCUUGAUCAAGCACGGCUCAAUCUCUACGACCAGAAGAUCUUUUGUACCAACUGCCAAACUUAUAGUUCGGACAACGCGCCACCGUUCGAGCGGGUAUCGAAGCUGCAACAGUACAUAUUCCUGCUCAAGGUUGCAUUGGCACGUUUAUUGGAGAUCUUGAGGAGCACUGGCGCUCUUCCCCCUGCGUCCGGAGACCAAGAGGUGAAUGGGCUCAGAAGCACCCGUCUUGAUAAGCAUUUAUCGGCCAGCUUUAGGAAGGCUCGCGCAUCUCGCUUAAUGGAUGAGCCCGGUGCGGAAGGUGGUCCGGCGAACAAACAAGGAUACCAGAUCACAGAAGAUCAAGCUGGUGAAGACUCAAGCAUGGAUCCUCUUUUUGGACACCAAGAUGCUCUUACAUUGGAUGACAUACCGCGCAUUGUUGCAGCUGAGCAGAAGAGAGAGCAACGUCCCGCAUAUAAACCUGGACGCCAAGAGCUCUUCCGUUCUCCUGCUACGGAACCAUAUGUUGGCGCUAGUCACCCACGAUCUCAGUCUGCGACCAGAGAUGCUGAUCGAGGAUUUGGCUCAGAACCAUCUCCCCAGUCCGGGGGUCAGAAGUUCAUCUCCGAGCUAUCCCCGAUGGAAUAUUUCAUUGUCCGACAUCUUGCAGUCUUGACCAUGCAUCCCAUGGUGGAAUCAGAAUUCAGCCUGGAAGAGCUCCUCAGCUUCAUUGAGUCGAGAAAGCCGGCCACGUUCUGGAACAAGUUUGGGAAAGCCUUCAAGAACGAUGGCAAGAAAUCAAGCAAGAAGAAGGGUAUUUUUGGUGUGCCGCUCGAAAUCAUUAUCGAGCGAGACGGUGCCGAUUCGACCGAUGGCGUUGGUCCCGGUACAUUGCGAAUACCCGCAAUUGUAGAUGACAUCGUCUCCACCAUGCGAAAGAUGGAUCUUUCUGUCGAAGGCGUGUUCCGAAAGAAUGGAAACAUUAAAAAGCUCAGCGAUCUUUGUGAAAAGAUCGAUAGGGAAGGCUGUGAUAAUAUCAACCUCAGCAGCCAGCCUGUCGUCCAAGUUGCGGCUCUUCUGAAACGUUACCUCCGCGACUUGCCUGAUCCGUUAAUGACGCACAAACUCUACCGGCUGUGGCUGACAGCUGCUAAAAUACAAGAUGACGACAAGAGACGACAGUGUCUGCAUCUCACCUGCUGCCUGCUUCCCAAAUGCCACCGGGAUUCUCUUGAAAUAUUGUUCUCCUUCCUGAAGUGGGCGGGUUCUUUUCAUCAGGUUGAUGAUGAAUCAGGCUCCAAGAUGGAUAUCAAGAACCUUGCCACUGUCAUUGCGCCAAAUAUCCUUUACACAAAUGCAAAGACGGCCGUACUCGAUAGCGAUCCCAUGUUUGCUAUCACAGCUGUAGAAGAUCUCAUCAACUAUAUUGACGAGAUGUGUCUGGUUAGUUCGACUUCAUGA